GAGGUUGUGGGAGCUAACCGGAGUCUGUGCAGCGGCUCAGGGAAAAAGCUUGGCAGAGUUUGGACAGAGAACAGCCGGGAAACUCCAGCUCCUGUGUGGCUCCUGCAACCUGUUGUCCCGCCAGUUGCUGUCACUGAACAUUUCACCGUUCACUCCAGGUUAUGGACUACUAGAGAGACUUUUUAACAGGACCUCCACAGCAACUUUAUAGCGAGUCUAAAUCGCAGCGGUCCGUUACCUACAGCCUCCACACGAACAGCAACCAUGGGUAAACAGAACAGCAAGCUCCGUCCUGACGUCAUGCAAGACUUGAUGGAGAACACAGACUUCACCGAGCAUGAGAUCACCGAGUGGUACAAGGGCUUCUUGCGGGACUGCCCCAGCGGUGCACUCUCCAUGGAGGAGUUCAAGAAGAUCUACGCCAACUUCUUCCCGUAUGGAGACGCCUCCAAGUUCGCCGAGCAUGUCUUCCGUACGUUUGACGCCAACGGAGACGGGACUAUAGACUUCAGGGAGUUCAUCAUCGCCUUGAGUGUGACCUCUCGCGGUCGGCUGGACCAGAAGUUGAAGUGGGCGUUCAGUAUGUAUGAUCUGGACGGGAACGGAUACAUUAGCAAGGCAGAGAUGCUGGAGAUUGUAACGGCUAUUUACAAGAUGGUUUCCUCUGUGAUGAAGAUGCCUGAGGAUGAGUCAACACCUGAGAAGCGCACAGAUAAGAUCUUCAGGCAGAUGGACACAAAUAGAGAUGGUAAACUGUCCCUGGAGGAAUUUGUGGAGGGAGCAAAGAAUGACCCGUCCAUCGUGCGACUGCUUCAGUGUGAUCCUAGCAGUGCUGGGCAGUAGAAAACUGGACUUUUCUUCCCCAUCGCAGUUUAAUUGAACGCAUCUUCAUAAGCCCUUCCCAUCUGACCCAUCUGAGAUUAUUGACAUUUGAUCACUUGAGCUAUAGAGGCACAUGCACACAAACACAUACACACAUACAUAUUUUUAAUUAUAGACAUCAUGCAACUGUACAUGCUACAAAUACCACAUCUAGUCUUUCAGACACCCACAAGCACACACUGUACAUGUGCCUCUAUGUCUGGUGAAAAGCUCCAGACAACUCGGGUCUUGUAUACGGUACAAAUAUAACCCAAAGGACUGAAAUCCCAUCAAAGACUUGUUAAACACUGAAUGAAAGCUGUGCUGUCUCUGUCUGAGGAGGACGGCCAACAUGGAUAAUCCAACAGAUUUGUGAGGUACACCGAGCCGCAUCCAAGUUUGCUGUUUCUUCCUGUUCUUUUCUUUGUUGUUUUUAAUAGCAUUAUUCCGUUUUUAAAGGGAAUCAUGCUCAUUUUAUGUUUUGCUUUAACCAUCUCGGGUUGUGUGUCAGAACUUCACAGAGUAUUGCCGUCAAAUUCCAAACCUGCACUGAAUGAAGUAAAGUAUGUGAGUCUGGGACGAGUGUUCAAAGCUGACAGUAUGGCUCAUGUAGACGGGAGUUCUGGGAAAUGUAGUUUUUAACUUUUGAAGACUUUUAGAGAGGAUUUUUUUAGUGUGUAUAUCGGAGGAUUGUUACAUCAAACCAAAACUGACUCAGAUGUCUUACUGAAGGGGAUUAUUUUGACUACAAAUUACAAUCAUCUGUUCUUUUGAAAGUGACUUUUUCUGCCAAGUUCUGUGUCCACACACACACACAAAUCCACACAUUUAUUUUUAGUGAUGACACAUGAACUUGACAUAUGAUUUAAACUGAGCUGUGAUUCUUUUUCUUCAACUUUUAUUUAACAAGCGUAUCAGUAAAAGAAAAAAAGAGAAGUUAGAUAUUAUAUGAAUAUAUAGUAUGUGCUUAUAUAUUCUUUUACUCUGUGAUAACAUUGUGGCGAUUUGCCACAAUCGAAGAUUUCAUUUAAAAUUUUGACAUAUAAAUUAUUGGAAUGUGAUGAUAAACAUUUUAUUUUGUUUUACUUGACAAAUAUGAAAGAAAGAUGUAUAUUCACUUAUAUUUAUGCUAGAGAGGUUAGAAAGGAGAGGACCACACAUAUUGCUAUUGCUUUUUUCAUCUUAAGAGACGAUUUAGCUUCAGAUCUCAGAAAUCAUUGGCAGUCAUUGCUUUUUACCUUGAAUCGAGUGCUGCAGGGAUGUUUUAUUUUGUAGGCUCACUUCUGAGUUAGGAAUGCCUGACUUCCCUAGACAAAAGUCUGUGGGAAUUUUCCUUUUAUUUAAAUUUUUCUAGAAAAUAAGCUCCCCAGCAAACUGAAAUUUAUAUUUCCUGCUUUGCAAGAUUAGCUUCACAAGCAGACACCACCUUAAAUAUUUUUAAGCUUUCCUUUCCCUCCACUGAGCCUCAAGCUGGUCUUGGAUUGAAGGAAAAUACACCAGACCAACUCUGUGGUCAUUGAGAUGUUUGUUGGCAACUAAUGAUGACAGCAAGCAGAUAAUAGUUUACGUAUAAUAUAUACUCAUACACAACUGAUAAAUCCCACUGGCUUUCAGACUAAGGGACUAAUAAUACAAAAACCUAGCUAGUUUCCAGGUUUUAGGAUCAUUCCCUUCAGCAUUCUUCUCGAAACAGUGCAAGCGUCAUUUACGUGCAAUGCUAACAUCUGCAAUACUCAAAUGUGACUUCACAUCCAAGCGUAGGCCUCAAGCACAGCUGCAAUUGUAGGACAGUUUGAGUGCUACUGUGACUAUAUUUGAUAUUUCUGAUCUUUACAUGACUCUAUCACAGACUCUUAAACUGACCAAACAAAGCUCUGACCUUGUAGUGAGUUUCAGCAGCCUCCACCUGAUCUCAAUUUGUUUUUGCAGGAAAACUUCAAUUCUCCUUUAUUUUUACGUACUUGGCCCUCCUGCUUCGAAGACAUCAUAAUAUAACCCGGCUAUCUUCUCGCGCAGAUGUACGAUGACUUUUUGAGAGAAAACACUGAUGCUUAAAUUCUCUGGGCUUCUGCAUCCGGUACUUCAGUCCCACAUUUCACUUCAAUAGCAUCUUGUGGUCAAGUGCCAAAUAUAGAUGAAUAAAAUAAAGAAGAAAACAGUAUUGCAUCCAUUUAUACUGUACAGUUGUUACCUGUCGAACAAAAACAACUUUGUCACUGUAUCAUUUUGUAGAUUUUGUAUUGUUAACUUGCAUAAUGUGUACUGUGUAGGAUGUCCAUUUUGUUAUUCAAAUAA